AUGCCCGAAAAAGGUCCAUGUACUGACGUAACAUGUGAUAAUGAAAUCAAAGAAUUAUAUGAAUGUCAUUGUUGUUUACGUCUUGUUUGUUUAUAUCAUUUGAAUAAACAUGUUGAAAUAACAAAAGAAAAUAAACAACGAUUAGAUAAUCAUCGUAAUGAAUUAAAUACAGUUAUAUAUACACUUACACUAAUUGUUGAAGAAAAACUAUUGAUUAUUGAACGUGAACAAAAUUUGAUUCAACAAGCAAAAAAAAUUCUUGAUGGAUCUAGCAGUUCAAUUGAUGAACUACAAAAUAUUUUUGAAAAAAUUAAUCAAACAAUAGCAUCAAAUCGUUCAGAAGAAAUUACGGUGAAAGUCGAACCGUCAUUAUUAGAAACUAAAUAUUGUUCUUGUGUUUGCAAAUGUAAUAAGGAAAACAUGAAUUCAAAUGGUAAAAUGAAAUUUCUCUCUAAAAUAUAUUUUUUUUUUGUUUUCAUUAUAUUUAUUCUUGUUUGUUUCGAUCGAACCAUAGAUACUGGUGUUUAACGAGGAAGCUAGCCGAAUUUAUUAAUCACCAUUUCAACUUAUAUUGAUAUCAGAAAAAUUUCUUAGUAAAAGUAGUUGUAGUUAAUGAACCAAGUCAUGACUUUUCCACCGAAUUUUCGAUCUGCAAGUGUCCAUAGAUAUAAAGUUGAUGACCCUUAGAAUAUUCGAAAAGUUUCAGCUGAAAAAAAAAACGUUCAUUGAUCGAGAUAUUAUAUUUUCAAGUAAAUUUGAUUUUAGCCAGUGCCUAUUUAUUACAAAGGAUACCGCCGGAUAAGAUCGUAAAUCUGCCACCCCCCUAGUUUUGACUUC